GGAAGUCCAAAGGUCAACGUUUCGCCCCCCAAAUGAACAUGACUCGGUUGAUUCAAUCUCGAACCGCAGCUACACCACUCGGGAGAGUUUUAACAUCAUCCAGUGCACCAGCAGCAGUAGGCAAAAUGGUUCCAACUUCCCAGCAAACCUACGGAACGUCGGCAACAUCCGGACCGCUAGCGCUUCAACGCCAACCUGUCCCGAAACUGUCCGACACGAUGCAGAAGCUGGUAAGAACGAUCAAACCGCACGUCGAUACAAACACACUGGCCGGGACAAAGCGUGCCAUCGAGCAGUUUACCGUACCGGGAGGAAUUGGUCAAAAGCUGCAAACGUUGUUGGAGCAACGUGCCACCGAAAAAGAUAACUGGCUCGCAGACUGGUGGCUGCGCAGUGCUUACAUGGAGUACCGGGAUCCGGUUAUUGUAUACUCUAGCCCGGGUCUUGUCUUCCCGAAAGGCAAUUACAAAACGCUCGACGAACAGUUGCAGUACGCGGCGAAAAUGGUUUCCGCCGCACUCGCGUACAAGAUGCUUAUCGAUGGUGGGAAAAUAAAGCCCGAAAUGAUGGGAAAGGUCCCACUGGACAUGUCACAGUAUGAGAAAAUUUUUGGUACUUGUCGUAUUCCGGGCAAGGAACGUGAUUCCGUCCAGUACAACCCAAGGUCGAGGCACAUUGUGGUAGCAUGCAAUAACCAGUACUAUCGACUUCCUGUCUUUACGUCCAAGGGUGGUAUAGCGAGCGAGGGUCAAAUUUUAGCCGAAUUGAAAAAGAUCGCCGCCAAGGAAGGUAACGAACGGGCAAGUCCGGUUGGCAUCUUGACAGCGAACCAUCGUGAUAGUUGGGCACGGGCGUACGAAACACUGAUGGCCGAUCCGACUAAUCGAACCACUGUAGAAUCGAUUCAGCAGGCUCUGUUUGUACUAUCGAUCGAUCGGGAACUUCCCCAAAAACCUGGAACUGAUCAUAUCGUAACGGCAAGUGAUCUUCUUAUCCACGGCGGAGGUUCUAACGCAAACGGAGGUAACCGAUGGUACGAUAAAACGAUUCAGCUGGUUGUCGCACCGAACGGUAUCAAUGGACUAACGUACGAACAUUCGCCAGCCGAAGGUCAACCGAUCGCAGUUAUGACGGACUUUCUGCUCGAGUACAUCAACAGCGGCAAGCGUCUCAAUACGAUGGAUCAAGCGGAACUGAAAGAGGGUGCGGUUAAGUUGCCCCUCAACGUUACACCAGCGUUACAAUCCGAAAUCGAACAGGCGGCCGGCUUUGUCGAUAAGCUGGCAGCAGACAUACAGAUGGACUAUCUGCACUUUACCGACUACGGAAAGGGUUUCAUCAAGACGCAGCGUAUGAGCCCCGAUAGCUACAUCCAGAUGGCCAUACAGUAUGCGUUCUACCGCUUACAUCGCACCCCCGGAGCACACUACGAAUCGGCCCAAAAUCGGAUGUAUCUGCACGGUCGUACCGAAACGAUACGCUCCUGUUCCGUAGAGUCGAUUGCAUUCGCCCGCGCAAUGCUAGAACCGGGCCAAGACGGACAGACCAAGCUGGCGGCGAUGAAAGCUGCUAUAAACGCGCACAAAGCAUACGUUUCGAUGGCAAUUCAGGGGUAUGGGGUGGAUCGACAUUUGCUAGGGUUGAAACUUACCGCGAAGGAGCAUGGCCUGACGGUACCGGAACUGUUCUCCGAUCAAGGCAUACAGCGGAGCGCACAUAUGCGACUAUCCACUAGCCAGGUAGCAUCGCGUUACGAUGCGUUCAUGUGCUAUGGUCCAUUGACGCAGGACGGGUACGGAUGCUGCUACAAUCCUAAGGAGGACGAUAUGUGGUUCGGCGUGUCGGCUUUCCGUUCCAACAAGGAGACGGAUCUGUCCCGGUUCCGUGUGAGUCUGCAGGAAGCACUGCGUGAAAUGUACGAAGUAUUGGUGACGUAUGGUGAGAAGCCUAAAGCAAAGCUUUAAAUC